AUGGGAACAGUGGGACACUUCUAUUCAGGAGCUGGGCACAUUCCAAAUACCCCGCAGGUAUCCUACACUACACAUAUCGAUACUUCGACAGAGCUUCACAUCUAUUCAGAUGCUUCCGAGAAGGCAAUUUCAGCUGUGGCUUAUCUCAGAUCGGAUAAUGCCAUUCAUCAACCUCGCUAUGAUUUUGUGAUGGGAAAGUCAAAGGUUGCUCCUCGUCACGGUCACACUAUACCACGCUUAGAAUUGUGCGCUGCUGUCAUGGCAGUGGAGAUAGCAGAAACUCUCACGGAGGAAUUACCUUUACCUCGAGAAUGUGUUUCCUUUCACACAGAUAGUAAGGUGGUACUAGGAUACCUGAAUAACCGUACGCAUCGCUUCUUCGUGUAUGUGGCAAAUAGAGUAUCACGGAUUCUGGAUUUCAGUACGCCGGAACAGUGGAGAUAUGUGUCGACCGAGGAAAAUCCAGCUGAUCAAGGUACACGUUAUGUUCGUCCAUCACAGUUGAUGACAAGUUCUUGGAUAUUGGGUCCUGCAUCAUUGAAAUCAACAUUGUCAGAGCAUGAUAGGUCAGUCCCUGAAGAGACAUUCCCACGUGUUACUCCAGAGAGCGAUACCGAGGUUAGACCUGAACCUGAUGUACAGGUUACGAAAACAUUAAUCACAUCAGAAAGCGUUCUCGGUGUGGAUCGUUUUGACAAAUUCUCGACGUGGAACAGCAUACUACGUAGUCUUUCAUUCUUGUGCCGUUCGAUACACAGGAUAAGGUCGAGGAUUACCCCGGACAGCAAGGUCAAAACUAACGACUGUACCAUUGCUACUCCUAGUGAAACAAAUCAGGAACAUUUUGUUCUGAAGCAGGAACAACAGAAGUAUUAUCCAAGGGAGAUAAGAUGCCUGGCUACCGGACAUUCGAUUCCGAGGGACAGUCAUGUUCUUCGUCUGUCACCAUUCUUAGAUGGAAAUGGUUUGCUGCGAGUUGGAGGGAGAUUACAACGGUCGAACUUACCUAACGAUGAGAAACGUCCUAUUCUUAUUCCUGGUUCUAGCCAUAUUGCUACACUUCUCGUGCUACAUUUUCACCAGUCAGUCCAUCAUCAAUGCAGACAGUUCACAGAAGGUGCUAUCAGGGCUGCAGGGUACUGGAUCACUGGAGGGAAAAAGACUUGUGUCGUUGGUUAUUCAUCGAUGUGUCAUAUGUCGACGUUUGCGUGGAAAGGUAUGUAG